GUAGUCAAGUGAGUGGCAGGAGUGUGACGCAGAGCGCUGAACGAGCAGAACAUUUCUACAGUCAAGAUGGCGACAUCCGAGCCGAAAGCACCUGAACCUGAACCUGAAGAAACACCACAAACUGAGAGCGAAGUCGUUGCGAAUCCUGAGGAGUAUAUCAAGCACCCCUUGCAAAACAGAUGGGCCCUGUGGUAUUUUAAAAACGACAAGAGCAAAAGCUGGACAGAGAACUUGCGUCUCAUUUCCAAGUUUGACACUGUGGAAGACUUUUGGGCAUUAUACAACCACAUACAGCAACCAAGCAAACUUGGCUUUGGCUGCGAUUAUUGUUUAUUUAAGGAUGGGAUCAAGCCGAUGUGGGAGGACGACAGGAACAAGCUUGGAGGACGAUGGCUAAUGACUCUCAAUAAGCAACAGAGGCAUAAUGACCUUGACCGCUACUGGAUGGAGACGCUCUUGUGUUUAGUCGGUGAGUCGUUUGACGAGGCAAGUGAAGAUGUGUGUGGAGCUGUGGUCAACGUCAGACCAAAAGGUGACAAAAUAGCCAUCUGGACUAGCAGCUGCCAAAACAGGGACGCCAUCAUGACGAUAGGGCAAAAUUAUAAAGAGCGUCUGAGCAUCCCCAACAAAGCCAUUAUCGGCUACCAGUCACAUGACGACACAUCCAGCAAGAGCGGAUCCACCACCAAGAACAUGUACUCCGUUUGAAAAACUCCUUCACCCCCACUUGCUGUAGAUUUAAACAAUUACCAAACCGCAUCAUCCCAAUAAUAAUUUGAGUUGUCAACUGUAGUGUCUUUGUUCAAAGUGUGUACAGUUGGCGCUUCCCCCGACGUGAGAAACCAGCGGGGUGAUGGUUAUGAAUAGGAAGGAGGCUUUGGCUCAAAAUGUCCCACAUAUGUUAGAGAACACAAAUGAUUUCCUUUUUAGAGUUGAAGAGUUCUGUGAUUAAUACCAGUGACCUCCCCUAGCUUAGCUAAGAAAAAAACUUUUUCUCACUACUAAAUGGUUUGGAAUUGCAAAAAACAAAACUUUCUUGACAAUACAGCCUUGUGUUUUUCUCAUGCAGAAUUUCUCACUCCUUACAAAACAGUUUCUCACCUCACAGGUAAAGAUGGCAAAAAGUAGGCAACUUAUUCCUUCACGGAACCAAUUUUAAGGGCAAUUUUAACUUGAUUUCUCCAGAAGUGUUGAGCAUGAGUUGGCUUUCAGACACACUAGCUUGAAUAAUCUACAGUAUCUUAAAGGUUUGUAAAAGCUGUGGUCACACUCCAAAGUAUAUGGUUUGGAUUUAAGGCCACUUAUUGUUUCAGCCAUGCUGGAAUUGUGGAAUAUUGCUUGUAGUAGUUUUUGAACUUUUUUUUCCUUCCCCUUACAUUUAUUUAUAAUGUAUGCAUUGCCGAUAAAUUACUUAGUUGAAAGACAACCAUGAAACUUGUUUUCUUUUCAAAUUUGUUUUUUUCUCUUUUUUGUUAUUGUGGACUUCUGCAUAUAUAUAUGACAUUUUUUACAGUGUACCAUAAAGUAAAGAUGCUGAAAGAAUUAGGUGUGCUUUUCACUGUUCUCUUCCUAACUAAAACUGUAGAUAAUGUCGCACUCCUCUCUUGGUUAAUGCAAAGGAAAGAUGAUAUUCAUUGUGAAAUGAUUUUGCUCAUAAUGUAUCUCUAUUAUCUGUAAUUCCAGGAUGUAUAUUACCUUCUUUCAAGUAAAGGUUAAGUGCUUUGCAUUAAAACCAGACCGACGUCUCA